AUGGGUUGGGGCGGAGAGGUGCCAAGGAUUGAGAUCAGUGCUGCUGCCGUUGCGCUUGCAGGGGGGGUUGACAGGCUCUGCAAUAACGUUGUCGUCCCUCUGGUAGCACCCUAUGGUGGCGGGCUGCUGACAUUCACAGGCUGCAAGCUUGAAAGUAUAAACCCUAGCACGCAACUCGACUUGCAAGCCCAGAAAUUGACCCUUGACAGCAAGCACAGCGAGCUUAGAUUCCUGACAAAAGGCAAGGUGCGACAAGAGUCCCUCAAGCACUAUCAAGAGCAGCAUGACACGGGGCUGGAUAGUGCAGAGUCGCUUGCUGAGGCAGUGGAGGAUGGCCUCACAUUUUACCAGAAGAUUGGAGAGCAAGGGGAAGGUCACUUGCCUCAGGCAACAUGGUAUGCAUCAGACUCAGAGGGCAAAACUGCGGGAGCAGGCAAGAAAGCGGGCAAGAGCGUAGGGCAGCUCUUUGUUGACAAUCUCAGGUUUCUCUUUCACUUUGCGUACGUUCUGAUUGGGAUCACGGUGGGAAUGUUCUAUGUUGGCUACAGGAAUACCAUUGCCGCCUUCCAUACUGAGGAUGCCCAGCUUGAGAGCCUGAACUACCUGUUUGAAGGGGACGCUAAGCAGUGGCUCAUCCUUCCUGGACUAUGGUCUGCUACUGUCUUGGGCUACUUCAGGCGCAUGUCCCUGCUCAAUGACUUUUUCAACAAGAAGCUGGUCCUGCCAACACGCCUCCUGGAUCUGCUUGGGGUGCGCAACUCCGGGUUCAACAAAGCCUACGCGGUCAAUUUCCCGGUUCCUAGGAGCCUCUUCCGGUAUCUUACAGCUGCUGACUACCUGCGCCAGGUCACAUUGCAAAAUCCCAAAGUGGGCCGCGACCAGGUGCCCGUACUCAGGCUUGCGGUCGACUUCCUCGAAUCCGAGCAGAAGCGUGCUGGGGUCUGCUCGCAUGCCGUGGACUACCUCUGGAAGCUCCUCGGGGACAUCAACAAAACACUGCACGAGACCAGCCUCCAAAAGUCAUUCCCAUCCGAUGACGAGUCCGCCCACCGCUACCCUCCCAAAGAAAGGGGUCCGAAAUACAGCAGCUGGUUGAGCUCCGUGGGGCUGCCAGCACCGUGCUUGAUCUGCGGAGGUGACACAUGCCUUGCUGCUGUCAAGGUCGAGGGCUCGUAUGUGGGGUGCCUCAAGUGCCUCGAGGAAGGCGUUCUGGAUGACAAGGAAAAGUUGGGAAUCCUGGUCUACCCGGAGCUUGAGCGGCUCCGGAAAGCCCUUCAGCUCGUGGCCCCUUCACCUUGCGAAUCCUGUUGCCGGGAGGGCAUCGGAGCGUCCGAUGGGGAGCUGGCGGAGCUGAAGAGCUCGGAACCCCCGCCUGGAAACCUGGUCUUUAGGGAUUGCCUGGAGGCGCCUGGCCUCGGAGGAGUUCUCAAACUGUCUGCGGAUGGCAAGCUUUCGGUUGGGGCGAAGGGCUUAACCGGGGAGCUGGCGGAACGGGUGUAUACGGCCGGUGCGGAGGCUGCGGCAGAACGUGCUGCAGCCCAGGGACUGCUCCCGGUUCUGGGGCUGCUGCCACCACCUGUCUUCAAGCUGUUCCAGGGACGAGAACCUGAGCUCGAGAAGCUGCUUGCGGAGAAGCGGAGGGGAUCGAGGGACACUGCACAGGCUGCAGCGGAUCUCCUCAGCCUUUUCCACAGCAGCCCCUCGACAUCCACCCUCCCUGCUCCGCCCGCAACCCCCGCCGUUCGAGUUAGCCCUCCUGUUUCCCCCUCUCCUGCGGACUCCGGCCCUUCUGCGUGGCUUCCCCCAAACGCUCCCGUCCUGUUCCCUGCUGUCGAACCCACUGCCAGCCGGAGUUCCGGACCAGUUCUCUAUAAUGAUCCCCUUUCCAGCCCUUGCCUGGUCCUUCCCACUCACCAAGCUCCGAGCUCUCCAGGCAGCCCUCCAGCUUCAGUGCCUGCUGCCACGGCCCCCAUGGGGCUGUCCUCGGAAGAUUCGGGCGAUCGACCUGGCAAGCGCCAGAAGCUACUCACCCUGGUAUGA